UGUUCAAUUUGCUCCAUGAAAACUGGAGGGAUUUAUACACACACGGCUCUGGGAGGCGGCGCUGGAGCAACACGAGGGGCAAUGCACUUAUGACCCGAUGAGGAAAUCAACAAGGCUGUAGUGCUGAUCCUUAGGCAGCCGCCCCUCCCACCUUUAUUUAUGAAACCGUCUUGACAGAAUCCCAACAGGAAUUCCUUUUGGAUACCAAAGGACGACUGUAUCAAAGAGAAAAUAUCAAAUCAUGCCUGAUUUCCAGCCGCUCGACUUCACUUCCUACAAUAACCAAAACCAGAGCCCCCUCUUCUCGGUUUUGCCGCCCGAGAUCCGACAUGAGAUUUACGCUUACGCUCUGUCCGAAUAUGAAAGUAUUGAACAAAAGUACAGCAAGGACACCUAUUGGUGGCGACCGGGCAACACAGCUGCACUGCGAACAGCCACGGAGCUCCUCAGAACAUGUCGACGACUCUACGGCGAAGCCUGGUUAAUGCAAUUUGCCCUCGCUGAGCACCGCUUUUACCUAACACAGCCAGAUCGGUCUCCUGGCGGAACCUGGCCUCGUGGUUUUAAGAAAUACAAUCGACGGGUCCAUGAGGUAUAUGGAAGAUACCAAUCCAGUGGGAGAUCGGGCCUGGGUGGCAUUCGCGUGUUUGCUCAGCUUUGGAUGCUGGAGCCCGGGAGUGAGCUACAGAAAAUCCUGGACGUGCAGCAUUUCUAUCCAAAGCGAGUCGCUGUGACGAUUCGUUAUUCAGACUUCUGGUUCUGGGAACGCAAUGCGCGUCUGCAUGUUGAUGCUGCUUGGGUGAAUAGAAUCCGGCUCCCGGACAGUGUUACCUAUUUCACGGUGGACUUUGAGAUGAUUGAGAGACGCAAGGACGAGGUAAACUUGAUUGCCAACGACGCAGUCGAAAAAUGGUUUUUUGAACGAAAGGAUGGUGCCAUUCUCACAGCCCGUAAAGAGGAUAUGUCAGUAUCCACGUGGACAGGGAGCUCGGUCCUGGGCGGCCAACGCUGGGUAAGAGAUGAGGUCCGCCCAGGUCAGCUUGAUUAUCAUGUUGUGACUGUGACAUGGAAGCUAGAACAGAGGAACGAUUGCCCUCCUCGCCCGUGUCCUAACCUCGACGUGCCGCGCGACUUUAUCCAAGCUUGCCCGCCAUUUACGCAGACUGACUCGAUUCAUUUGCGCAAUCUGCAAGACGCUAAUGUGUCUCUGGAUACUCCUGCUGCGGAGGCCUGGCAAGCAAUGCAGCAAUAUUAUGAAAAUGCGCGCUAGGUGAAUAGGAGAUGCCGUCUGGUGAUGAAUGAGAGUCAGGGUCUGACGAUGAGUGAGCAUGGACGUACUGCUAUCAGUUGAGAAGAUUGAAACUAUAAAAGAUAUUCUGCCAAUGUAAAAACUAUGAAGAUUGCUAACUAGAGAAAAACUUCCUGAGUUUACGGUACUGAUAUGCUUCAAUAUAGAGAGGCCGGAACCAGAUAGAUUUACGAAGUAAUUGGUAUGAGUUGCUCGUCACCGACUACGCAGUCUGGUGAUAGACCAC